AUGACCCUGCGGCGGCUGCGGCGGCUGCAGCCCAAGGAGGAGGAUGCGGCGGGGGCAGCUGCCCUGGACCCGGGGCCCGCGGGGGGCGGCCCCUUCCCGGCGCUGGGCGGCUGCCGGGCGGCCGAGAUGUACCGGGCGCUGGCGGCCUCCGGGGGCACCUUGCCCCGGGCACGCAAGGGCUCUGGAUGCCAGUGGAAAUCUCUGAGCCAGUCCCCGGAGCAGCACCGGAAGGUGAUCACGCUGGAGAAGGAGGCAGAAGAGACAUUUGGGUUUGAGAUCCAGACCUAUGGACUCCACCACCAAGACAAGAAGAGUGUGGAAAUGUUCACCUUUGUCUGCCGUGUCCACGAGGGGAGCCCAGCCCUGUUAGCGGGGCUCACACCCGGAGACACCAUCACCGCAGUAAACGGGCUGAACGUGGAGGGCAUCCGACACCGUGAGAUCGUGGAAAUCAUCAAGGCCUCCGGGAACGUGCUCAGGCUGGAGACGCUGUAUGGGUCGUCCAUCCGGAGAGCAGAGCUGGAGGCGCGGCUGCAGUACCUAAAGCAAACCCUGUAUGAGAAGUGGGGGGAGUACCGCUCGCUGAUGGUGCAGGAGCAGAGGCUGGUGCGUGGGAUCGUGGUGAAAGACCCCAGUAUCUACGACACGCUGGAAUCCGUCCGCUCCUGCCUGUACAGCGCUGGGCUCGCGAGCGGCUCCCUCUCCUUGGGGAAGAUGCUGUCGGGCGCGGGCAGUACCUCCAGCUGCGUCAGCACCGCCACCGAGGAGAGCGAGGACUCUGUCUACCAGACCUGCUUCUUUGACUCGGCCGAUUCCCUGGACGGGCACUCGGGGCGGGGCGGGGGCAGCGCCCCCCCAGCCCUCUCCCAGCGCCGGCCCACCCUGACCCGCAGCGCCAGCGUCAAAUGCACCAGCAGCAGCAACGGGGCCGUGGGGCACUUCUGGGACAGGCCGGGUGACCCAAAGAACUGCACAGUCGCGCCCCACAAGAGCAAACACACCAGCUUCCGGAAAAGGCUCCUCAAGUUCAUCCCGGGACUGAACCGCUCCCUGGAAGAGGAGGAGAGCCACCUGUAGGGGGCGCUGGCUGCAGGGGUGGGGCACAGGGACACGGGGGCCAUGGAGCAGCCACGUUUUACGCAGUUGGGUUUAUUUAUUUAUUUAUUAUCCCGGUUGGUGCCGGUGCCCUGGCAGAGCGUGGGGCCGGGGCCUCUGCUGUGAAGGGCAGAGGGGAUUUUUGCUCCCCCCACAGAAGAAGAAACAUGCAAGGGAAUGGGGGGGCAGCAGGAGCUGGAUCUAGCCCCAGCGGCAGCCUGGGUGCCUGCUCGUGGGAGCUGCUGGAGGAGGGAACUGGGCCUGUCUGCAGGUUAGGGGGGAUUUUUCAGGUGUCCUGGGGGAAUGGGCCAUGGGGGGCCCUUUGCUUCCAGACCUCAUGUGACCAAACCCCUCCAAUAGCUCUGGGGGCGGAUGAGCUGAUGGCUCGGAGCCUGUCUGGGGCAGCAUCAAACGGGCUCUGCCCUCAGGCCAGUACCAUCGGCAGGGAGGCCACAGGAGGAGAGAGCAACUCCUCCUUCCUCGAGGGAGAGGCUGGCUGUGGCCCUGCCCGUGUCUCCUGCGGGCCAGGCUGCCGUGGAAGCGCAGGACUGUCCUGGGAAGAGAGGGAUCCUGGUGCUACCCCAGAGUGCUCUGAACGGAGCUGUAGCCAGCACGAUCUCCGAGCGGGCACCCUGGCCCAGAGAGGUGUGGGGUCCCCCCCUGCUUUCCCCUGGAAGGCGUCCAGCAGCCAGUGGCUCUGCUCUGUUCCAGCCACAUCCUCCUCCUGUCUCUGCAGCGCUGGGGCUCUGCGUGACUUCCUGCAAAGUCGUCUGCUUCUGUCUCAGCCCUAUUUAUGGCACCGGCUCUCAGCGCACAGGUGACUGAACCUUGGGGGCGUCUGUCUCUCCCCCACACCACUCUGCCCGGUGACGCCUUGGGCUGGAGCGAGAAGAUCCCUUUGUAACCGCCUGACGCCAGCAGAACUGCUCGUCCCUCGGGCUGCUGAGCACCCAUGGGGUGGCUGACACAGGCGAGCUCGCAUCUUACCGGGGCGUGUCCGCUGCCUGGAAGGAGGAGUCGGCCCUCAGGGCCAGCCCUGGCCUGAGAGCAGGAUGGGGCUGUACUGUGGGUGACCUGCAGCCCUUCAGGAAAAGGCUUCACUGGCUGUGGGAGGGGAGAGAAACUGGUUCCAUGGAGCAGAGGGGAACUUCUCAGCCAAGCUGGUUCUUAUCUCAGGAAAUAGCCACAGGAAGAGGGUGGCUCAGCACGGGAGGGCUCCCUGCUGGAUAAAAUGGAGCCCCCACCCCCCAAGCAGCGCUAGAUAGCAGAGGGGGGUGGGGCUGUGGCUGGGACACGGGUGUGGUUAGCUGCGGUGUGGGGGGGGAGGUUUUGUACAGACACAGACAUUGCUGUUAAAAUGCUUGCCACAGAUUCUGAUCAAUACAAUGAGACUGUUUUGCAUCUGCGUGGGGCUGUUGUAAUUUCACCUUGGCUCGCUUGCUUCCCGAGAUGGGGGAGUGUCCCUGAGGGGGGUGGGGGUCACAGGAGCGGGAGCGAAAGGACUCACCCCCAGGGUCAGUGGCAGAGCUGGCUACGGAACCCAGGCGUCCGGACUCCCAGCCCCAUGCACCUGUCAGCCUUGCAUGGGCUGAGAGUGGCUCAGAGGACGUCUCCAUUGAGCUCCUCUGUUAGUGCCCCCCCCGAGUGUCUGGGGGGGCACACUUACCCCUCCUGUAAGCUCCCUCCAGCACAGCCCCAGCCCCUCGCCCUGCUGAACUGCCCAUGUGCUGCAGCCCUCGACUGCACUGGAGGGGAGAGGGGGAUCCUGCUGAUCAGGACAGGCCUCCUGUCGGUGGGGUCUGCUCCCCGAAUUCCCAGCCUGCAGGUGGUUCGGGCCAGCCCCUCGGGCAGAGCUGCUCUCCUCCAGCACUGCCUGGGGCCGGGAGGGAGUCCCAGCGUUCCUGUGGCUAAGGGCCUAAUUGCAUGUGGGCUGUGGCCUAAAAUAGCCCUGUGUCCAAGGCAGCCCGGCUCAUGUUAGGCAGGGAGUGGACUCUGGGGAGGUGCUGCAAGCCAGCCGUGCGCCCAGCUGGACCCAGCCGGGGGACGGGUUCCGCAGGGCUAGCGACAUGCAGGAGGGUGGGUGGUAACUAGGACACUGCUCCUGCCGAAAGCCGAGUUCCCUGGGGCCGGGUGCAGUCAG